UGGCAUGUGUUGUGUAUAUGAUGUGUUCAAGGAGUUUUGGAGCGUUUUGAUUAUGUGUUAAACAUAUAAAAUGUCUGGGCUGCGCAGAGCUAAAACAUGGGAAAUAUCUGAAUCUGAGGAAAGCGACGCUGAGACAAAACCAGAUCUGAACCGUGAUGGGAGCCGUCAGAUAGCUACAAUUAGCACAGAUUUAACAGAGAAUCACUGUUCAAAGCACAAGUGCAAAAGUCUCCCUUCGUCAGCAGCAAAGAGUGAAUCUAACCAAGCUGCUGCUCUGUCUGCUCCGAGACCAGAUGUACGCGACACACCAAGUCCUGCAAGAAAACGCCGCACCAAGGCGGAGGUCGAGGCGGACAGACGGACAGCCCGGGAGAAGAAGGAGGCGAGAGAGAGACAGAGAGCUGCCAGAGCCCAGGAGAAGGAGGAGAGGAGGCAGGAGCAGCAGAGGAGGAGGGAGGCUGCCGAGAACCUAAAGAGUCUCAGGCCAGAGAGCUGCCUCAGGUCCCUGACUGUCUGCGUUGACCCAGCUCUUCUGCAACAUGAAGGCUCAGACAUCUUGCUGGACACCCUGGUAACUUUGGAGUGGCGGUUUAACAUCGAGAGCCAGCUGCUCCCACGCAGCAUCACCUGGACCAGACAUUUACCUCAGCAGGGAGAAGAUGGCAAAGGCUCAGUGGAGGAGGAGCAAGUGGUUCUGGUGCUGGACCUGACUGACUUCAUGGACAUGAUGGUCUCUGUAAAGAAAAUGCUGGAGAGUGAAGGGGAGGAGGAGGGGGUGGGGUCUUUCCUCAGUCCUCUUCUGGAGUGUCUCAACCGGGAUGCGAAGAAGGUGGUCACACUGUUAGUGACAGACUCUCAGACAGAUUACAGUGGUGUGCAUUUAGAUGAGACGCUACAAUCCAGAUUGGGGAUGGGGAAUCUGGACUUUGAGGAGGUUCUUGUGUACCUACAGCUCUGUAAGAACAUCUCACUGCUGUUCCUGGAUGGCUGGCAGGAGGUCACGAACCACGUGUGUGCCGUCACCAAGGCCUUAUCAAAGCGCCCUUACAAACUGCUGACGGAGCGAGCAGAGCUGCCCUUCUGUGUGGAUGGUUCAUGGGCCAGCGGGGUUCGGGUAGAGAGGGACGGCUCUGGGCUGAUCCAGGUUUGGAGCAGGCAGAUCCAGCAGCUGAACAGAGUUAGCCCCGCCGUGGCCUCCGCUGUGACCUUGGCUUACCCGUCUCCUCAGCUGCUGCUGCAGGCGUACCAGUGCUUGGGGUCAGAGGAGGACAGGAAGGGUCUGCUGGCUGAUCUCCUGGUGAGAAGUGGAGGUAAAGAGAAGCGCAUAGGACCGGAAAUAUCGGCCAGAGUUUACCGCUGCCUCACAGCCCAGAACCCCCAGCUGGUCCUGGACUAAUUUGUCCACUUGAGAACAAGAUGGACGGACCUCAGGGAGGAUUAAUGUGGUGUCUAAUGACACUUUGUCACCACUUGGCUGCUAAUGUGUAAAUGUUGAUGUUUACAAGCUAAAAAUAUGGCUUAGAUAUUACACUCACUUUCCAGGAAAGCACUACUUGUACUCCUCUUAACAAGGAGGAGAAUAUAUUUAAUAAAGUAAGCAAUGAUAUGAUGUAAAUUAUUUUAAUAAAAUAUUCAAUGUAUGUAUAAAUGCACAUUGUUUUGUUAGAGUGACCUCCGUGAACUACAUCAUGUGUUUUGUUUCUGUGAGAAAAAAAGCCUAUAAAAAUGAGCCGCAACAGAACUUUUCAUUUGUUUUAUUUUGGAGAAUUUCCUGAGUAACAAAGUUCAUAAACAAAGCACGACUGUAAAUAGAAAAACAAAUCCUCUUGUAAGCAAGAACACAACCGCUGUUGAUAUUCAAGCCACAAUGCUGAUUAUAAAACACAUUUUACUGUACAAAAAGUAUUUUCCACAGUAUCAAAAAGCAACUCCUUUCCCCCUGGAGUCUAUCCCUGAGAGUAAUAAGCAUACACAAGAUUUACAGUGUAAUUCUUUCCUUUUUUUUUUUUUUUGUCUAAUCUGGCAAAUUUAGGCCUCCAAAGACAGUGGCUGGCAUGUUUUACAAAAUGGAGCACAAAAACCAGAGCAGUACAAACGGCUCAGGAUAACCCUAUAAUAGAAAUUGGCUAAAAUCAGAAUGAAUGACCCAGACGUCACUCUAAUAUCUUCUCACUCUGUACAUACUCACUCUUUGAGUGUCAUAAACUCACUGUAUAAACACGAUAAGCAACA